AUGGCUUCACCUUCGACAAUCGAACUCAAUGAAAUCUUCCAGCACUCCACAGCCACCCACGCCUACACUCUACACUGGACAUCUAUCGGAGCCCCAGCCUCAACCCCCUUGGUGUUCAUCCAUGGCACGCCAUGGUCCUCCCACAUCUGGUACGCCCACGCGCAAGCCUUGUCUUCACACUUCCAUGUCUACCUCUUUGACAACCCCACCUUCGGUGCGAGUCCACUUGGUCAACCACUACCCGGAAAAUCCCAUGCUAUCAGCAAAGAAGCGGAGCUCGAUGCAGACUUCUCGCAGGAAUCCGAGGUCUUUGCCGCACUCUACAACCACUGGAAGGCCAGCUGGGGAUCCAAAGACGCACAUGUAGUUGCGCACGGUUCUGGCGCACUCAUGAGUCUACGAGCGUUCAUACUGCACGAUUGCCAGUUCUUGAGCCUCUACCUGAUUAAUGUCACUACACUGGGACCCUCUCCACAUCCCUAUUUCGAGCGGUUUAAGAAUGCAGAAUCUUUCUUUCAGUCGCUUACAUUGGAAGAUUUCGAUAAAAUCGUUGCAGCUUUUAUUCGGGGUUCUACGUCUUCGAAACUUGGCGAAGAGCUUAUCGAAACUUUGAAGACCCCAUGGGUUUCCACUGAGGAAGGGAAUAAGGCAUUCAUCAGACAGAUGAUUCGUGCGAGCCAGCACAACGCGGAUGAGGUUGAAGAUAGGUAUCCCGAAGUCGGUCUCAGAAUACCCGUUCGAAUUGCCUGGGGAGAUGAGGAUCAUUUGAAUCAUGUUGUGACUGCUUCGAAACUCAAAGAAAAACUGAAUGCGAAGGAGGUUUUUGUGAUUGAGGGAGCAGGUCAUCUAGUCAUGUUGGAUAAUGUGAUAGAGCUUGGGGUAGACCUCCGCCGGUGGUUGGAUCAGCAACAACAGCGAACGCAUGAACUUAAAGUCAGAAUCGAGUAUGUCUUACAGGGUCCGUGA